CGCUGUGGCUCCCAGGAGGUGAUGGACACCUUUCUCCUGCACAGGGAGGGCUCGGGCACCCCUCCCCAGCAUCUGCGUGUCCCAGGCCAGGAAAUAGCUGCUCAGGCCACGUUCAUGCUGGGUCCUGUGACCUCAGCCCACAGAGGGACCUACAGGUGCUAUAGUGCCCACAACACUGACCCCUACCUGUGGUCAUGGCCCAGUGACCCCCUGAAGGUCGAGGUGUCAGGUGAGGACCCCAGCCCUCCCGGUCAUCCUGGUCAGUGCAGGGCUGUCCCCAGGAGAGGGCUGGCCUGGGGGAGGGACCUGGGGGUGGUCACCAGGGAGUGGGUAACAGCAGAAGACUCCAAACACAGGGACCAAGUCACCCUCUGUGGCGCUGGGGGCUGGAUGGUUCUGCUGGUAGGGGUCCUCCCCCUGAGCCUGAAUGGUCAGGCUGAGGCAGAGGGGGUGCUGGGCCCAGCCUGGGAGAGGAGGCAGCGGGCUGAGUGGGGAGCAUGGCAGCCCCAGUCCUCACCGCCUGUCCCCACCCCAGGAGGCCCUGAGGGUCAGCCGCUCACAACCAUGGAGCCCGCCCCACUGAGCGGAGAGUGGGGGGCUGUCCUAGGAGGAGGGGCUCCGCUGUGCCUGACCUUGAGGUGCGGAGGCCUCUCUCUGCACCUGCUUCUCCACCCACCCAAGGAGGAGCAGCCUGGAGCACCUGGGGAGGGUGCACACACUGGGGAGCUCCUCCUGCCAGCAGCUCCCUGGUCUUUUGGGAGUGCGGGCCUUAGGAGCUGCAGUUUGUGGGCUCCAAACCAGGUGUGGAGCUGGCCGCCUGCUGCCCCAGGCUGUGGGCUCACUGAGGAAUGGGGAAGGCCUGGGUGGGGACUCCUUCGGGUCCAGGUCCCUGGGGAGAGGGGAGGGGUGGCCGUGUGGGCUGUGAGGUGGCGGCGGCUCAGGGGGUGAAUGCAGAGACCCAGCGUGUGCCUGGGGCACAGCAGUGCUCAGUGCACGGUGCUGUUUCCCACUCACAAGGGCACCUGGAAGCAGGGGCGCCCUCCCUGCCCUGCGCCUCAGGUCAGAACUGGCAGAGCCAGGCCCAGUCCUGCACAAGUUCUGUGCCCUCAGUCGGGGGAGGGGUGGGGACCUGCAGGUGCAAUGGCUCCCAAGCCCCGCCCCCUGUGACAACCCUCAGGGAGGUCUGGGCCCCUUAUUCUCCUGAAGAGCAGCUCAGUGGAGGAGCAGCAGUGGAGCGUUUGUUCCUGUGGGGACUCCUUCCCCCGACCCUGGUUGGGCUCUGAUUUCCUGACAAAGUUCCCAUCAGCCCAGAGGGAAGGGAAAUCUCACUUCCUGGCUUCCCGAUCCCUGGGCAGCCUGGCCUGUUUCAGUAUGCGCACGUCUGUAGCUGCGUCCCUGCACAGUGCCCACUGUGAUGUGUGCUGUCUGUGUCCAUGUUCACUGUGAGUUGUGUCCCUGAGCUUGUAACUACCGAUAGUCACCGAGGUCUACACUGUGACCUGGUUGUUCCAGGUCUUCUCACUCAGGAAUACUGAUUGUGGAACACAGUGGAGCACCACCGCUUAGUAAACACGUGUGUGUGUGUGUGUGUGUGUGUGUGUGUGUGUGUCCCAUGGUGGCUGUGUCAAGAUAAUGAAGACUUAGUUGACCACAGAUAAAGAGGGUGGAGCAGCAGGUGCACAGGCUGAGGUGUGGGGGAGGGGAGGCUGCCCUGGACGUUGCCCCUCUGUGUCUCUGACACUCAGGAGCCCCUGAUGGCCCCCGCCAGCCGUGGGCCCGGGUCCUCAGUGCUGAGUGCAUGGGGAGGGCGGGGUCUCCUCCUCCUCACCGUCCCGUCCCUGUUCUCAGGAGGACCGGAGCCCAGCAGCCCCUUGCACCCCCAGUCAGGCUCCCCCGCUGGUGAGUGAGCUACAGGCUGGACUCAGGGCUCAGGCUGCUGCGGGGAGGUGGACUCCUGUGUUACUGGGUCUGGCCAGCCUAGGUGACCCCUCCAUGCCCAGCCCCAGCCCCAGCGCCCCAGGACCACACCCUGGAGAACCUCAUCCGCAUGGGCGUGGCGGGCUUGGUCCUGCUGGGCCUCGGGCUUCUGCUGGCGGAGGCUUGGUACAGCCACAAGAGGACCCGGACUGCAGGCCGGCAGUGACCUGGAGAGAGGACAGCGCUGGGUCACAGAGACCGAGCCCUGGAUGCGGGUUGGGUGGGGAGCAUGAGCACAGUGGGGAACCGUCUUCCGGGGUUUGGUUACGGGAGCUGUCUGGGGGCAGCAGGGGCUCUUCCUCUAUCCAGCUGUGGACUUCUCUGCCCUGAGGUGGGAGAGCGCCCCCUGCAGACCAAAUGUGGAUCCGCACCAUGUGCGCCUCCUGCUUUGCUCUUUCUUCAUGGAGACAUUAGCUCUGUACAUUCUGGUGAAUGCACUUCCCAGUGCGCAUGCGUGAGAAUCCGAAUUUCAGCAAAGAACCAGGAGUUUGCUCCAUGUAACAGAAUAAACGAGCAAAAUCAGAUUUCAGGGUGGGCGAGGUCCAUCCAUCUGGGGAGUGAACUUUCUCUCUCUCUCUCAGACUGUAUCUAGCUUUGUAACUUUCAAAUAAAUAAAAUAUAUGUUUUUAAAAAGUUAAUGGUGUACAACAUUGGGAAUGUACUACAAGUCAGCAAACUAUACACUUUAAAGAGCUGGUUUUAUGUCAUGUGAAUUUGAGCUCAAUAAAGAAGGAAACCUGCUUCCUCGAAAUUACCAUCCAAUCCAACAGUUCCUCUCCUGCACAUAUAACCACAGGGAUUGAAGCAGGAACCCAAGCAGGUGUUUGCAUCCACGGGUUCAGAGCAGCCUCAUUCACAUGAGCCCAAAGAUGCCAGCAACCAGAAUAAGCCCAACAGGUGAGUGCGUCCACAACAGGCGGUGUUUGUAGACACGGCUGAUACUCUCCUGUUAGAAAAGAAGGAGGGUCUGGAUAAUCAUGGAGAAACCCUGAAGAUAUGACAAUACAGAAAUCAGCCGGUAUCACAAAGACACCAUGGUCUGAUUCUGCUCUGAGAGGUGCCCGGGGGUGCAGAUUCAG